AUGGCAGGCCUUGACCUCAACAUCGACUGGAAGGCCAACCGCCGGGCCAUCGCCUUCUGUUUGGUGGCUGCUAUCGGUGCCCUCUGCUAUGGUUACGACACAAUCUACUAUACUGGUAUCCAGGGCAUGACAUUCUUUGCCAAAGACUAUGGAGAGCAAGCCGCAGAUGGCACUUGGUCGCUUGGAACAACGUUCCUGUCCCUGUCUGCUAGUAUCAUCUAUGUGGGAGAGCUAGUCGGCGCCCUUGCCGCUGCCCCCAUCAACGAUCGCUUCGGUCGACGUGCUGUCUUCCUGUCUGCUUCUCUUUGCAUUAUCAUCGGAGCCAUCGUACAAGUGUGCUCCUUUGGCUCUGACCCUGUCUUCUAUGUCAGUCGUGUCUUGAUUGGUCUAGGUAUCGGGCAGUUCACAUCGACUUGUCUGAUGUACAUUGGAGAGGUCGCACCGUCUGCCAUCAGAGGUCCGGCUCUCAUGUGCUUCCAGUUCAUGCAGUCUAUCUCGCAACUGGUGGGAGCCUGUGUCAACCAAGGCACCCAGGGCAUUCAAAGUGCUCAAUCCUACCGUAUUCCUAUGUGUCUGCUGGUUGUCCUUCCGGGAGUCAUGCUUCUGUGCCUUCCCUUCACCCCUGAAAGCCCAGUGUGGUAUAUGUACAAGAACAAGCGUGACCAAGCCAUCAAGGCUCUCCGCCAAAUCAACCACAGCAACCGCGACUACGACCCUGCCAUGGACAUGCAAGCCAUCGACAACCAAGUCCAGAUGGAGCGUGAAAUGGCCAAAGACGCCACCUGGGCCUCUCUGUUCACAGACCCCGUCGAGCGCCGUAAGCUUUUCUACGCCUGCGGUGUUAUGUUCGUCCAACAGAUCAACGGCAUCCAGUUCUGGUACACCUACGGCGUUGUCUUCGCGCAGUCCAUCGGCAUCGCAGACCCCUUCACCAUCAACACCAUCAUCUACGUUCUCCAAAUUGUUACCGUCGGCGCCGCAGUCGUCCUCGGAAACAAGAUCAAGCGCCGCACCAACCUCCUCGUCUGCUCGGCGGGUAUCUUUGUUUCCCUCAUCGCCGUUGGCGGCCUCGGCACUACACGCUCUGCCGAAGGCACCUUCAGCCGUGGCAUCGGCAUCGGCAUCGUCGUCCUCGCCUACAUCAACAUCAUCUUCUACAACUUCUCCAUCGGCACGCUCUCGUACUCCAUUGCCUCUGAGAUGUCGGUCGGCCGCAACAGAAACAAAAUCACCUCGUGCGCCAUGGGCACCUUCUUCCUGACGGUCUGGCUCAUGGUCUUCACCAGCCCGUAUAUGUACUACACGGGCAAUCUGGGCCCGAUGAUCGGUUUCGUCUACGGAGCAACAACCCUGUUCUUGCUGGCUUACUCCUGGUUCUGUGUUGGUGAGACUGCAGGUCGCAGUAAUGCAGACAUUGAGGUUCUCUUCCAGGAUAAGGUUCCCGUUCGCGAGUGGGCGACAUAUGUCAUUCCUUCUCAGGAUGAUGUGACUGCUAUGAAGAAGCAGGGCACUCAGGAAGAGCAGAUUGAGAUGGCAUAA